AUGGAGAUUCCAAUAUUUACUGUUGAUGCUUUUACCAAUGUACCUUUCAAAGGUAAUCCUGCUGCAGUAUGUCUUAUAGAGAACGAGCUGCAAGAUGAUCUUUAUCAAAGCAUUGCUGCUGAGAUGAAUUUAUCAGACACUGCCUUCAUCUCAAAACGAAAUUCCAUGGAUUUUUCCUCAGGUGCAAGGUUUGGGUUACGCUGGUUUUCCCCCAAAUGUGAGGUUUCACUAUGUGGACAUGCAACACUGGCCUCAGCAGCAGUGCUCUUUUACCUUAAAAAGAAUGUCAACCCUGUUGUGGUGUUUGAGACUAUGAGUGGGGAGCUUCAUGUGCGCCAGCAUGAAGAAUCUCUAAUAAUGGACUUCCCCUUAAACAAACCACAGCCCCAGGUACAACAUGAAAUCAAGGAUCUUUUGAAGGCUGCUGUUGGAGACUUACCCAUUCAGGAUGUGUGUUACAGUCCAACCACAAAGAAACUAAUGAUUCGUCUAGCUGACACAUGCAACAGGUCUGAACUUACAUCUUUGAGGUCAGAGGCAGAGACUCUUCUGAGAAAUGAGACCACUGGUAAGAUUAAAAGUCUCAUCAUUACAUUGAAAGGAACACAGACUACUCAGUCUGGAUAUGACUUCUACUCCCGUGUCUUCGCACCCUGGGUUGGUGUCCCUGAAGAUCCAGUCACUGGGUCUGCACAUACAGUCCUUGCUGGAUAUUGGUCUGAGAAGCUGAUGAAAAAGAAAAUGAUGGCUUACCAGUGUUCCAGUCGUGGUGGCGAGGUAAAGCUGGAAAUAAGAGAUGACGGUCGACUGGACAUUAUUGGUCAGGCACAGAUCAUUCUUCAGGGAACUCUUAAAAUCUAGAAAAACUUGCACAACUGAUUCAGUGAAUUUGAGGAUAGUUUUGAUGGAAAUCAAGUGCAUUUAAUUUUCCCUUUAUAGUGAUGUGAAAGUGCAUUUUAAGUUAUGUGCCAUUUAAUAAAAUGUAUAGACCUGUGA